AUGGAGCCCGCGGCCACCACCAGCAUCCAGGUGCUGCUCCAGGCGGCCGAGUUCCUGGAGCACCGGGACCACCGCGACCCGCCCGGCCUGGCCGAGGCCGAGCACGGCUACGCCUCACUUUGCCCUGCCCGGUCGCGCCGGGCCGUGAGCAGCGUCAGGUCGGUGCACAACGCGCUGGAGAAGCACAGGAGAGCCCAGCUCCGGUGCUGCUUGGAGCGGCUGAAGCAGCAGGUGCCGGUGGCCGCGGGGCCGGCCCGUCCCACCACGCUGAGCCUCCUACACCGUGCCCGGCUUCACAUCCAGAGGCUGGAGGAGCAGGAGCUGAGGGCACGGAGGGCUAAGGACCGGCUGCGAGACCGGCAGCGGAGCCUGCGGCGGCGGCUGGAAUGGCUGCUCCUACCCACCGACGGGGAACGGGCACGGGCUGACAGCCUAGACUCAUCCCAGCUCUCAGAGCCCUCCGAGGGAGAGGAUGCCGAGGUGGAGGUGGAUGGUGUGGUGUUCGGUGGGGACCUGCUGCACGCCUUCGGCACCGGGAGGGACCACAGCUACUCCAGCCUCCACAGCCCGGAAUCCUGACAGUGCCCACUGCCUUCCCUGCACUGCCUGCCUGCCUCCUUCCUGCUGGAAAUGCAGCCUCCCUGGCUUCAUCACAGCCAGGAUAAGGGGCCACAGGUGGGGGUGAGCACCCAGCUUGGCCCCCAGCAGCUGGGCUGCUGGGCAGCACUGGCUGUGGCACUGGGUGCACGGGGCUGGCACCGCACUGUGGCACCCACUGUGAGUGCACUGCAAAGCACUGGGAGAGGCACUGGAAGAGGGCCCAGCUGUCAUGGGGAAACCCUCACGCCUCCCCCUGUGCACCGCCAGGCACGUGGCAGUGCUGCUCACUGCAGACAUAGCUACAGGAGGGCUGUCCCGCCCCUGGACAGACAGAAAGGGGAAACAAGUGCAUUAAGCAAUGUCUUCAUGCUCCCACAGGCACCCCGCUCUUUUGUACAGACCCCACACUUUUAUAGUAAAG